CGUAUAGGCUUUCAUUUUACCCCGCUGACUUCCCCCUUCCCUCAAACACAGAUGGCCUUUGUUGUCGCCAUGGCACUAGCAGUGGCACUGGCACUGGCCCUCGUGCAGUUGACUGAAGGCGUUUUUCCGUGGCAGGAGCCACCGACGAGCUUCCGGAAUAAAUGUCUAGCCUACAGACCGGAAAAUUCCAUCGACGAGGCAACCAGGACCGAACUCGCCUUUAUUCCCGCCGGCACAAAUCUCACACUGGUCGACAACGAUGCUUCCUGCAACCGCCCGAACCAAGUUGUUGGCACAGACUUGUGCAGGGUAUCACUGCACAUCCCAACGUCCACGAGGUCGGGUAUUGUCUAUGAGCUGUGGUUGCCGGAAACGUGGAACGGCCGGUUGGUCACGACCGGAAAUGGGGGCAUUGACGGCUGUAUCAAGUACGAGGAUCUAGCGUAUACCUCGGCCAACGGCUUUGCGGCAGUAGGCACUAACAACGGCCACAACGGGACAUCCGGGAUCCAAUUUCUAAACAACGAGGACGUUGUCGUGGAUUUUGCCUGGAGAGCGCUUCACACUGGUGUCGAGGCCGGCAAGACCUUGGCCAAGCUAUUCUACGGCUCGACAGUAUCCAAAUCGUAUUACAUCGGCUGCUCGCUCGGCGGGAGGCAGGGAAUUAAAGGCGCCGAGAAGUUUCCCGGGGAUUUCGACGGCAUCGUGGCCGGAGCGCCGGCAGUCGACUUCAACAAUCUUUACUCCUGGAGGGCCAGCUUCUUCGUCAUCACAGGGCCAGAGAGCUCGCCGGGUUUCAUCGAACCAGACGUGUGGAAGAUGGUCAUACACGACGAAGUCCUACGACAGUGCGACCUCAUCGAUGGCGUGGCGGACGGAAUCAUCGAGGAUCCAAGCUUAUGCGAAUUCGAUCCCGAGGCACUUCAGUGCGACUCGACGGGCAAGACCGAUGAGUGUCUCACUCCCGCGCAGGUCGACAUUGUCCGUAAGGUUUUCAGCCCACUGCGAUGGUCAGAAGGCACGCUUCUGUUCCCCGGAAUGAAUCCCGGAAGCGAAAUGAAGACCGCAGACGGUCUAUAUGAUGGCCAGCCGUGGCCGAUGUCAGAAGGAUGGUUCCGGUACGCCGUCUAUAACGACCCAGACUGGAACCCUACCAACUUCACAGUUAAAGACGCCGCCAUUGCUGAUAUCAAGGAUCCCGGCGGAAUCCGCACCUGGCCAAGCAGUCUCGCCAGAUUCCAAGACAGGGGUGGCAAGCUGCUCGUCUUCCACGGCCAACAAGACAACCAGAUUACGAGCUUUAACACCCCUCGAUUUUACGACCAUCUGUCUCAGGGGAUGGGCUACUCUCCAGCUCAGAUGGACGAUUUCUUCCGCUUCUUCCGGGUAUCCGGCAUGUUUCACUGUAACUCGGGGCCUGGCGCGUGGGUUCUCGGGCAGGGGGGUAAUGCUGCGGCGGAGGGUGUUCCGUUUGAUGCGGAUCACAACGUGCUCGCUGCUGUGGUUGACUGGGUGGAGAAAGGUGUUGCGCCGGACACCAUGACUGGUACUAAGUUUGUCAACGAUACGGUGAGCCUCGGUGUUGACUUCAAGCGGCGACAUUGCAAGUGGCCAAGCAGAAAUACCUAUCUCGGGGAUGGGAGGAAUCCAAAAAAUCCAGAUAGCUGGGACUGCAAGGGCUAAAGGUAUAACCGAAGGAAAGGAGGGACUAUGUGCAAAACCAGGUGGGAGACUUUUUAAUUCUAUAGACCAAUCACUUGUUCC